GUGGCAUCCAUGUCUCAAUCAGUCCGCAUCCUCAUCAUCCAAGAGCACAUACAGCAGCUGUGCGCUCGGCACCGCCCCCUCCGUCACAAAGGAGCUGACUUCGUCGGUAGCGGCCUCGUAGUAGAACCGAUACACCCCCCCGCACUGCGGCCACCACCCCUCGUCAGACAGCACCAGCCCCUGCCUAUCCACAUAUGUCGGGGACAGCAGCAGCCGGGGCCCAGUCUCCUCCAGUUUCUGAGGCAUGGGCGGCUCGUGGCAGCGACACAGCGACCCCAUCUUCUUUUCAUGCCUGUCCCCCUUCUCCCUGCUCUUCACCACGCCACCCUCCAGGCUCAGCUCCAUACCCCCGUCACCCACCUCUCCAGGCUUGUUGCCCCUCACAAAGACGUCGAACACGGACUCGCGCCGGCUCCUCUUCCGUCUCUGGCCUUCACCCUCGGGGCCGCUCGAUGACGAAUGGGCGUGGGAUGAUGCAGACGAUCGUCUGUUGGGCGAGUCACUCGAUGAGGCGGCAGUGGAGGGCGGCUCCUGGUGGUGGUGUGGAGCGAGGUCCGGCAAGGAUGGCGACGGCGAUAGAGAAUCCUCAUAGCGACAGCCUGACCCUGGUGCAGCUGUGCUGCUGCUGCUGCUGCUGCUUGCCCCAGAAGAUGAAGCGGAGGAAGCGUGUCUCGUCUCUCUGUCGUUGAACCGGAAGAAUGGAUCACUCGCAAAGUCGCUGAAGGUGGCGCCGGCAAGUGGCCGAUGGGCCUUGACCGAUUCGAUGCUCCGCACCAUCGGCUGCACCGCAACGCUCUCCCUUUUCUUCCUCACGCUCUCGAAAGUGGGCGGCUGUCUGGGGGCGUCGGUGACAUCGAGGUCGACCAGCCGCCUCCGGGGCGCCUGGUUGGUCACGAUGGAUUGCAGCGUUAGCUUGGUGGGUUUGGUGUAUACUUCGGGGGGAAUGUUGGAGAGCUUCGGCAGAGGCGUGAUGAAGGUGUUGAGCGGCCUCAGCUGCCGCUUGCGAGGUGUGGGAGAGGCGGAUGACAACUCACAGGCGUCUCCGUCCUGUGCCUGCUGGUCCUGGAGACCUGGAUGCUGCACAAUGGACAACAUAUGGCGACAGAAAGUCAGAUGAAUGCAAUGGCAUUGUGUGGCUUGCUCACCUCUCUGAUAAGCAGCCUUCGAAUGAUGGCUGGGAGUUCCUGGUUGGCCGGCAUGACCUUGUUGAUGAAGGCAUCGCGAUAGCCGCGGUACAUCCACCUCUGCUCCUGAACAGCGAAUCGACCGUCGAGACAUGGCGCAAGGGUGGGCACAAUACGCCCCGCUGACCUGUCUUCUCUUGAGUCCAAUUGACAGGACAGUUCUCAGCUGUUCCACCAGCCUCCAAGCCUCCAUGUCCACCUCGGCCCGCAUCACCUGCCUCUCCGCCUCUCUCGCGCGUUCCUGAUCCUCCUUCUCCCACUUCCUGACCUCCUCUUCGUCAACAGGGUCCACGAUCGCGCCAAGCGACAUCCUGGUCAUGAGAGAGCGGGGAGACAAUCCCUUGAAGUCCGGUGACGCCUCCCCUUUGUGGCUGCUGCGACGCCUCUCCCCUGGUCGACGAGCAAAGGAUGGGUUUGGCACCCUCCAGUCGCCGCGCAUGUGCUCCUGGAGGUCUUGCUCCAGUGCACGGAUGGGGUCCGUUGCCUCGUCCUGCUGCUGCCUCUUCGUCUCUUCAAUGCCAGCCCGCAUCGAGGCUGCGUCUUUUGUCUUGCUUCGGCGGAAGGACGGCUUCACAGGCGCCACCUCUCGGAUGGUCUUGCUGCCGGCAGCGAUGAUAUCGAGAUUGGCCGCACUGGCCCGCCGUUUUCUCGUCAUCAUGAACUCGCCGUCGCCGAGACUCCUCCUCUGAGGGGAAUCGUCCUUGGGCGCAUGGGAUGUGGUUGGCGCGUUGGAGGGUAUCUGGCGGAGACGAGGCGGUGACGAGGCGGGCAGGGCGGCCAGGAAGUUGGUAAGGGAUGGGGCCGUCGACACGGCUCUGCAGCCGAUAUGUGGAAGGCCGCCGUAGUGGUAGUGGAGGAUGCAAUAGAGCGGCGAUGUUCGGCCGAAGAACUGCUCUGGGAGGGAGGGAAGGACUACUGGCGGGGCGUCUUUCUUGCUGCGAAGAAGGAAGCCGCUCACGCCGCACCGGUGAUAAAUGUGCUUGAGGAAGGGAGUCAGAUGAGCCGACGAACACCACUGCACGAAGUAUUUGAGAUGCUCUCUGUCAAAUGAGGAUAUGGCAACCGGAUGCAUCAGAGUGUGUGUCUCCUUCCCUCCUCUCACUUGAUAGAGUACUCAGACAUUGUCAGGUUCCAUUGUUUGGCAUCCUUGCCCGUGCCGCGUGUCACAAAGUGCUGCGCCCACACCCUCGACGACCGCCUCUUGGGCGGUGAGAGACGGCCCUGCCUACUAUGCCGGCUCGAUCCGCUCCCCACAGAUGAUCGCGCGCUGCCAGACUGGGAAUCAGCCGCAGCCUCGCCCUCGGCAUUUUCCUCUCCCUCUCUUUCCUCUUCUGAGAUGGCGUCAUUGCAUGAUGACCCUGGAUCCUCUGAGAAGGUCACUUGUCUCUUGAUUGUUAACGGCUUGCAGAGUUCCGGGGGGGAGGCUGAGGGAGGGGGGCUGGGGGACUUGUCUGCUGGUACCAGGAACUCCUUGACGUCAUCGGCCUCUCCUUCUUCGCCCGACUCUGCCGUCAGCACGUCUCGUGGCGACAGGAGACAGUCGUAUACCUCACACCGGUAGCCGCUCAUGGCGCCGCCCCCCAGCAACCCGCGGCAUAUGGACUCCAGCCAGUAGGUGUACCGAGAUCUCCCAUGUCUGUCGGGCUGCAGCACGUCCGCAUACACACGAAACAGGCUUUUGAUGAGCACCCGCAUCUCGUCGGCAACACUUGCCGCCUUUGCCAGCUCCCGAAGAGCAGUCAACCGAUGGAAUAGCGCGGGGUCGAAGCCAAAGUGCAGUCGUACAAUCGCCUUUGAAAGGUUCAGCGCCGCAGCGAUUAUGGCACCAAAGCAGUGGAAGGUCAGGAAAUCGGCCAGGAAGAAGGGUGAGUUGUCACCGGAAUCGCUCGGCGAAGUCUCGGCGGAACAGUACAGGCGACACGAGCACAUGCCUUCUGUCGGCCGGUGGAACCCCAGCGAAUGGUCCCGUUUGAGCAACGCAUCGCCCGGCUCCGAUCCAAUGUUGCCGUGGACAGGACACGAAAGGGCAAUGGCCGAGGGACGGAGAAAGGGAGAGAGGAACGCAGCGGACGUCGAGGGGCGAGGGAUACCCACCUGAUGAUCAGCCAUGGCCCAUGAGACGUAUGCAACAAUUGCGUGUAAUGACGAUGCGUGUUCUUUGGCGUUAUUCACCUCGCAGACAGGCAGGCCGUUCCAGCAGACGGGUGAGCUCUCGGUGCCCUCGGCGGGGGGGAUACCUGGCACACACACACACACGCACACACACAUACACACACACAGCGAGCCAUGCACGAAAAGCGGUGGAAGACGGGCAUCGUGCUCACCGAUCACUGAUGACACGGAGUAGAGCCUUUCCGCCUGCUCUAUCUGGCUCAGGCAGUGGUUGUCCGCUGCGUAUUUGAGGAGGAAGCUCCGCACCAUCUCCGGAUUGCCCACCCACGCAUACGGAUCCACCGUCCGCCUGGAAGCGCGACCAUAAUGCACCUGGCCAAACAUACAAGAGAAGAGAGACAUUAUACUUUGAUGGCGGCUUACCACAGCCACAGGAAGGUCCAGGAACUUGUUUGCCUCAAAAACAGGUUUGCGAGCCGGCUCUUCCCUCCGAAACCCAAUCUCUCUCUCUGAGCCGCCGAGACCGGCGAUAGACAGCUUCAGCUCAGGCUGUGACGAGGACUUCGGAGACGCACAUUGCAGCCCGAUGCUGCGCAGCCACUGCACAAACGGAAACCCAAUCCAGUGUGCCGACAGACUUUGUCAAUAUGUGGCUUACGCACCUCUAGAUAGGCGCUUGAAGGCUCCUCCCCCGCAUAGAGCACCUGGUGUCUGGGCAUCUUGGUGCCCUCACGCUUGAGAGUAUACCCAGAGGAGGCGAAGUACGCGCGGGUCGUGGGCGGCUCCUGGUUCUGCGGUUCGGCCUUAGAAGCAUCGUUGUCAGCCGUCGCGUGAUCGAUCCGAUGAAUAUGGCCGAAGACGAGGGCCUCUAAUGUGCUGCCGACAGAUCAUGGACGGCAAGAUGCAGAUUCGAAGACGUGUCCGCAAUGUCUCAAUGUCACCUUAUGGAGUCAAUUGCGAUCACAGGUAUCCCAGAUGUCUCGUCUUCCUCCCAUGUGGGGCGACUGGUGUCUUUUGGGAAGGCACCCCUCUCCACUGCGGCCUCUUUGUAAUAGGAGGCCACCAUCAGCAUCAGCCAGUAAACCUGCCAAACAUGAUAAGCCGGUCAGAGGGACACGUCCAGCCGUGCUUUGCCCCUCUCCCUACCGCAUUGAAAGGCUGCCGUAUGAGGGCCCGCAGUCGGUCCGUCCAAACCUUCAGCCGCUCCACAUCGUUCUCGCUCGAACUACCCCCUCCCACACACUUCCUCAAGUCGUCAUUGAAAGUCGGAUUGUUUCCAUUGGGAUCGAUCAGGCGGCGAAACGCUGACCGGAAUGUAGCGUAUGACCGGACGUCUUCCUGAAAUAGUGGCUGAAGGUCGCUGGAGCCGCCGAUGGCUGUCUCUUCCGUGGAGGCGGCAGCAGACGGCGAGUCUGCCUGGGCGAGCGUGGCCGGGUGGAGCUGGAGAGACGUCUGGGGAAGGCACGGCUGAAAUACGUAGUAGACACCUGUUUCAGAGUACACAUAUAGCAUUUCCUCCUGUUGCAGAGUCUCCAUUACCUUGGUGCGAGAUGAAUGUGACCUCAAGGCUCACGGCCGUCUUCCGAUCAUCCCUUGCGACAUUGUCCCACCACACAACCAGAGGCACCACCACCUCCAAGUGACUGCACCCCCCGCCCUCUCCCUUCCACACGAAAUUCCUCUUUUGCGCCAUGCUUGCGAACUCCCGCACGGCGGAGCCGAGAGCGGCAUUGCCUGGCUGCGAGCGCAUGUUGAUGAGCUCCUCGAAUGAAGACAGAGUGGCGUCGAAUCGGUAUGCUGUCCUCUGCAUAGAUGCGAGUGGAGGGGGGGGUGGCGGCCGCAGUCUGAACGUCGCCAGGGAGCCUCCGUCUGCCAACAUCUUGGCGGCAAGGUGUGACGGGAGGAAGUCUUCCGGAGAAACCUUCGCUCUUCGCUGCCGGGAUUGCGCACGAGUGGUGUCGUCAAGCUGUUGGUUCCUCAUGAUGGCUGUGCCUGAAGAAAGCGCACACCCUUUACCGGGCCAUCCUGAGAAGACUCCGCAGCCCCC